AUGUCUCCCACUGACGAAGAGCUCGACCGCGACUGGAAGCCCAAUGGCCGCCGCCCGCAAUCGACUAUUGCCAAAGUGUUUUCGGAAGAGCUCAUGAACAUUUUCCGCAUCGACAACAGUGUUGCAGACCUCGACGAGCAGGUCGAUAAACGGAAGAAGGAGAUUGACAGCCAGACUUCGGAGCUCGAGGCCCUCGAGCGGCGCAUUCGUGAGAUGGAAGAGCGGUUGAAGGGAGGCAAGCCACAGACGGGUGCUGGCGACAGCUCGAGGACAGCAGCCUCGGCGACCGAGAAAGACCAACACAAGUAUGGCGGAGGCAGCCGCCCAGGAACAGCGCGGCAAGGCCAGCAGGCCGUUCCGGGAGCUCUCCCGCCCACACCUGUGGAAAGCGAAGACGGUGACCGUGAAAGACGACAGGAUUCCUAG